CAGCGCCGCGGGGCGCCCGUGGCUGCGGCUGCGGCUGCGGCGCGCCCAUGUGAGCCCCGGCCGCGGCGUGCCCGCCCGCGGCGCGGAAGGCUGCGCACCCUCCGGCCGUGCGCCCCGGCGGCGGCGGCGGCGGGAGCAGGAGGAGGCCGUCGGGGCAGUGCUGAAGUGAGCAUGGUGUCCUGGCGGCGGAGGCCGGGGCCCGGCCUGGCGCGGCUGUGGGGCUUGUGCUGCCUGGUGCUGGGCUGCUGGCCGGGUGCGCUGAGCUGCCCCGCGUCCUGCGGGUGCAGUUCCUGGCGGAUCUGGUGCACGGGAUCGUCGCCGGGCAUCGCCUCCUUCCCCGUGCCGCAGAGGAGCGCCGAGGGCGACAAUGUGACCGAGAUUUACAUCGCAAACCAGCCAAAUUUGGAAAGUAUCAACGACAAUGAGGUUGGAUUUUAUGUCGGACUUAAAAAUCUGACCGUGGUGGAUUCAGGCCUAAGAUUUGUGUCCCGUCAUGCGUUUGUGAAAAAUGUGAACCUACAAUACAUCAAUUUAUCCAGAAACAAGCUCUCAAGUUUGUCCAAGAAGCCUUUUCGCCAUCUGGGUUUGUCUGAUCUGAUAUUGGUGGACAAUCCGUUCAAGUGUUCCUGUGAAAUCAUGUGGAUCAAGAAAUUCCAAGAGACCAAGUUUUACACAGAAACUCAGGACUUAUAUUGCAUAGAUGACAACAAUAAGAGGACAGCCUUGCUGGAUAUGAAGGUCCCGAACUGCGACUUGCCCUCAGCGAACUUAAGCAAUUACAACAUCACCGUGGUGGAAGGAAAGAGCAUCACGUUGUACUGUGAUACUACUGGUGGGCCACCCCCAAAUGUGUCCUGGGUGGUAACUAAUCUUGUUUCAAACCAUGAGAGUGACACAAAUAAGAAUCCUGCCUCUCUCACCAUCAAGAAUGUAUCAUCAAUGGACAGUGGACUGGAGAUUUCCUGUGUAGCAGAGAACAUUGUGGGAGAGGACCAAGCCUCUGCUGAGCUUACGGUAUUCUUUGCACCAAAUAUCACAUUUAUUGAGUCUCCAACCCCGGACCACCACUGGUGCAUUCCAUUCACUGUGAAAGGGAACCCUAAGCCCACAUUGCAGUGGUUCUAUGAAGGAGCUGUACUGAAUGAGUCUGAAUACAUCUGUACUAAAAUACACGUUAUCAAUCAAAGUGAAUACCAUGGCUGCCUUCAGCUGGACAAUCCUACACACCUGAAUAAUGGUGCUUAUACCUUGCUUGCAAAGAAUGAUUAUGGAGAGGAUGAAAAACGAGUUGAUGCUCAUUUCAUGUCAGUGCCUGGAGAUGGUAGUGGCCCAAUUUUGGAUCCAGACGUUUAUGAGUAUGAAACCACCCCUAAUGAUCUUGGAGAUGCCACAAAUAACAGUAAUCAAAUCACUUCAACGGAUGUUUCCAACAAAGAGAACGAAGAUAGCAUCACUGUGUACGUUGUGGUGGGAAUUGCAGCACUGGUGUGCACUGGCUUAGUAAUAACCCUCAUUAUUCUGAAGUUUGGAAGACACUCUAAGUUUGGGAUGAAAGGUUUUGUUUUAUUUCAUAAGAUCCCACUGGAUGGGUAAAUGAAAUAAAGAAAAGAUGAGAGAGGGGCUGUUGAGCUUGUGGAAUCUGUGUGCUGCACUGUAGGGAGUGGACAAUGUUCUUGCCCAGUGAAGUGCCACCUCCCUUGGAUUUCUCUUUUAAACAUUGGUUAUGUUUGGAGAACUAUAGAAGUACAUUCAAAUCAGUAGCUGUUUUUCCAAGAGCAGGGAAAAGCAAAGCCCUGAGGCAGCUAAAAAAACUCAAGAAAGACCAGAAAUAAGCUACCACACCCUUUCCCAUUGCCUUGUCCUCAUUGUGUCUUCCAAAAUUACAUUGAAAUGAAAUGAUAUUGUUUCCUCUGUCAAUUUUUUUCUGUUCAAACUUAACUGGAAAGAUGUUGUUUUUAUAAAUAAUAUUUAUCAAAGGUGAACUGCAAAGCUGCUUUUAUUUUGCUGAAUUAAAGCCUCUGCAAAAUUUCUACAAUGCUUAGUUUGAGUGUGUGUGCAAGCUCACUGAUUUCAGUGGGAAUGCUCACAUCCUUAAAGUUAAGUUUUUGUAUAUUUGCAGGACAUGUUCUUAACUCCUGAAGCAGUAAAUUGCAGAGCUGGCCCUGCAAUUCUUAUUAUGUAUGUAGUUCCACUGACUUUACCAUGAAGGUGGGGAGUCGAAGCUAUGUACAGAAAGGUGGCAAUACUGUUUGGUGUGUUUGGGUAUUGAACCAGUGCCAUCAGUUGGACAUUCAGUUAGGUUGUGCUUGUUCGAGAUAGUCCCUAAGUUUGAAUAAGCAUACAAAUCUGUAGUGGGCCAGAAUGCUGAUUCUGAGCCAAGACCAAGAAUAACAGCAGUAUGUGGCUGGUCCUUCAGAUGUAGACUUAGAAACUUGUUUAACUGUCCAUAUUUAACUGCGAAGUGUGCUUCAGAAUGUGCUUCACUAUACUGCAGGGAGGAGUCUACUGUAACAAGUAAAGCUAAAUGAAGGCAUGAGCAUAUUUCAAGAGCAGGGCUGCAUUUAGAUAUAGUACUAGAAAUUAAUUUUCAUUUGAUUUACGUAUCAAAUCCUGAGGGUCUACUUUGAUCUUUUCAGUUUAGGGAAUUGUUAGAAGUAUGAAGGUUCAAGUUUGGUUUUUUUUAACUGAGAGUUAACUACAAAGGCUAGUAGUGAAAGACUGAGGUAGAGGCUUAUGUUUCUGUGUAUUCUGGUUAAGUUUUUGAGAUACAAUUUGAAUUUAAUUCCUUAAAAUUAUGUUUAGUGAAAAAGAAGAGAUGGUAUUAUUUUGUCCCUAAUGUAUUUGCUUUUCGCUGUUACAUGUUUUUAAUUUCAGCCAUUUCACUCUUCCAUUGUAACACUAUUGCCUUUUCUUUUACUGCAGUCUUUUAAGGCCAUACACCAUCCCUCCCUUUAUACAGUACUGUUUUGACUAUUUCAUUCUGUAUUUACUUGCGUUUUGCCUUCUAAGACUCAUAAUCCUUCAGCUUUUUUCUUGUGUUUUCUUGAGGCUCUUGCAUCCAAGUUCUUUAUUCCUGCUGUGCUCAAGAUUCAGAAAUGUCCUUAUUAGUCAAGAAACAUGUCCACAUUUGCAUUCUUGUAGGCCCAUGUAGGGAAAUACUUCCUUUCCCUUUCCACUAGUUAGGGAAGAGGAGGUGCAGUUGCUAAAAAUCUAUCCCAAAGAUGUAUUCUGCUCCCCACAUUAAAGAAGAGGACAGAGCUGGAACUCUACUGAUGACCUAGGAAUCGUGUUGUCUUUGUCACCCUGCAUAUACUGUGGUGAUUUGGGAAGGGAUGGCAGCAAUUAAAGAUAUCCAUCAUAGUUCCUGUUUGAAGUUAGAUGUCAUCAACCGCUUUGCUGUUCCUGAGAAAGAGUAUUAGGAAUGUCUGCCUUUUUCCUCCCUAAAUCUGUGUGGACAUGGUCUUAUUUUCCAGAGAUCUUAACUUUCUCUUCUGCUUACUGGUUUACUUUUAGCUUUCUUUUAAUUAUUUCCCUCUCGGACUUCUUGCUUAUCCAUGAGUCUGUCCUCCUGCUGAAGUAAUAUCUGAUGUCAUAGAGCUGAUUCUAAAUCAGUAGACGAUCAUCUAGUGGCAAUGUUUGAACUAAAGUCAGUGGACUUACAUCAGACACAUGUUGGAUCAUGAGCAGUGCUUGACCCAGUAGCCCAAAUUCCAGUUUGAAGUUUUGCUGGGAUAAAGUCAGCAUAUUUCAGUUAUGUGUUUGCAAUUUAUUGCCAAAUUAAUGAGGUGAGAAUCAGAACCAUUUUAUUUUGGCAGGGGAAAAGCAAACUUGCAAAGCUGGAAUUUGGCAGUUGACUUUCGAAAUAUUUAAUUUUAAAAGAUAGUUCUUUCUGAUUCAUAAUAUUUAUAUGCAUAAAUAUGCACAGUUAUUGAUUGGGGAUUUUACAUAAUUUUUUUGUAAUUUAUUUUGUAGCACUUUGCAGUUCAUCUUUAUUGGAUAGGGGUAGGCUUGACCUUCAAAUGUUUCAGAAUGUACUGACACAGUAUUUUGGAUUUUAUGUAAUCAUGGAGGUAACUUUAAUAAACAACAACUGAUCUAUGCACCAUUGAAAUAUAUAUAUAUUUUUAUAUCUGUAUUGUAGAAUAUCCUUCUUACAUAUUUUGUACUACAUUAUGUUAGACACUCAGUACAUUAUUACUAGAUGCAGAUAUUCACAGAACAUUAUGGAUUACAGCACGUGAUUUGUUACUAAUAAUGUCUUAGCACAGAUGUUUAAUGCCUGAUGGAAAAAGACUACAUGUUCCUAAAAUGGUUUCUUUUCACUAUGUGGACAGAGCCUCUUAAAGCUAAGGGAGCUAAACUUUUAACAGGGAAAUUAUGAUACUCACUAGCUUCUGUCUUUCAGCUUGAUUGUAAGUGACAUUGCUUGUAACUGUAGAGAUUCUGAUCUGCCCAAAUGGUGUUGGUUUACAAAGGGCUCACUUAAUUACAAAUUCUUGACCUCCUUAAAAUAAAGUGAGACUGAAACUAAAAAUAAUAGAGGAACCAUUAACAUGGUAAAAGUUGAUGAACAUCCAGGAUUUGACAUUAAAAAGCUUUUAUAUUGUUUUACUGAGCAAUAAAAAAGGCUAUGAAAUGUCUAAAGGCAGAGUUGCUAUUUUUUUUCACUGUGCCAGACAUAUGAAACUAUAAUAAAAGCAUAUUUCUAAGGUUCUGCUAGAAGGGGUGUAUUUGUUCUAGAUUUUAUUUUAGAUAGACAUUUAAUAUGCUCAGAGACAUGUUGAGAUAAGCUGUUGAGCAGUUUGAUGGGCAGAUUAGUUGGAGGCCUGGAGAGGAAGCACUGCUGGUGACGUUUUGGUGUGAGGCAGGUCAUGUCAGUUAAAUAAACCUGUUUCUGUUGAAUGUGGUGGAAGUUUGACCAGUGUCCAGGUCUACGUUGUAAUGAAGUGCAUUGUUCCCAGGCAGAGGUCAGAGCUGUGCUUGCUGCAGCUGCCUGUCAUGAAAAAUGAGGUGGGAGCAGUUGCAAAAUGUCUGUUCCUGAAGAAAGCUGUCUAGGGACCACCUCUUUUUUAAUGGGAGUCCUGGAAGCUCACAGCCAGGGCAGACUGAGGCUGCUAUGAGAUAUUUUCAUGGCAAUAUGUGCCUUGAGUAUCCUAACCUGUGAAAGGCAGUCUUCAUCCUUUCAGCUGCCUUUGUCUACCAGCUGGAUCUCUCCCAGGCAGCAGUGAAGAAAAACAUGCAUUGCAGUGGGAGCAAGAUCAAGAUCCUUGGGAACAGCAGACAGUGCCAAGAAAACCUGUGGACAGCUAGUUGAAAACAAUUUUACUUCAAAUAGUUCUUGUGGGGAUUGCUUUUUCUUUUUUGACUGUAGGCAGAAGCAUUAAAAAUCAAUGUUUUCCUAAGAAAGCAAAUUCCUAAGCCUGUUUUUUCAAAAGUUUUAGAACAUAUGGAAUUUUGUCAUAUGAAAAUGACCAGUACAAUUCCAAGUGGCUCUCUAUACAGCAGCCUUCAUGCAAAGUUUUUCAAUCCCUUUACCCAGCUGUCCAUGUUAAUGUUAAUGUUCUCAAUUAAUUAUCAGCAUGAUGACCAUCAAUUCAUUUGCAUAUAUUUUAAUGGUUAAAAUCUUGCAAAUGAUUUGUAAAGUUGGAAGCUAUUAUCCAACAUAUAAAAAUCAUCCCUUCUGAGCUCUUUUUAAUUCAGCCAUCUUUUUCUAGUUAGUAAAUUUAUUAAUAAUAAUUAUUAAUAAUAAUAUUCUAUUAUUUGAAAUAUUUAAAAAGUUAUUAGUGCAUUAGGACUGUGCAGCAAAGUAUUUUGUUCAUGUUUAUUUCAAAAGAAAAUCCCAAAAGCUUAUGAGGAGGCUCCUAGUAUUAUCUUUGUCUCCAUCAUUCUCUCUGGCUUCUUAUCUUCCUUCCAACUUUUGAUGGUUCUGUUUUCCGUUCUUCAGAGAGCUCAAUGUCCUACUUUGUGAAUGGUUGUAAGUUCUCCUCUUCUUCGGGCACAAAUGUGCAAGGUCCUGGAAUAUCCUUUGAAGGACUUUGCCAUCAUUAUGUGAUGGUGUAAAGUGUUUCAGGUUAUAAUGUAGGUCCAUGUGCGAGAUUUUCGUCAUCUGAUCUCCAGAGCAAGAGUUUUUGGGUGGUUGGAAGUACUGAAUACAAAUGCAAUGUCAUAGGGUGCACAGAGAAUGCUGGUGCUGUGUAUUUCAUCUGUCACAGCCCGUUUCAUUGUUCCACUUCCAUAGUUUGUGUAUCCCCAAACUUUUGAAGCUGGCUUCCAUUUGCUUUGUUUUUCUUUUGUUCAUACAGAUUAAAUCUGUUCUAAAGAUAGGAAAUGAUGCAUUGAUUGGAAAUAAAUGUAUCUGUUAGCUUCAGAAGCAUGUAUGUGACUGAACUUGCAGGACAUGGUACUGUGUUUUAAUCAGUCUCGAGAUUAAUUGGUUGACUUACUUUCAUCAAAAAAAGCACAGUAGAUUGGAAGAACCCACAUUGGAGUGUGUACUGUUUUGGUAUGGACAUGCUAUAUCCUUCUAAUUAUAAUAGCAGCCUUCCAUGACUAGCUAUAUUUUUGCAGCUGCAAGGAGUGUGUUGGAUAAGCACGUGUCCUGGCCUGGAGCAGAGUUGUAGGCAGCAUAGAGCCAAACUGCUUUCAUUUUGAAGAGGGCCAUUUCCCCCCAGUCUCUAGAGACAGCAAGUCACACACAGCAGGGUUACUGAGCAGAUUACUUCUUAAUAUAGGAGGAGACUUGUCUCCUUGCAUACACAUUUUUACUGUUACUUUGCUCCUCAGCUGGAAUGAACAACCAUAUAAAAUUUCAAGGAACUAUUGAUGUUCAAGCAAGUAAAGGGUAAAGUAAUGGCUUUCUUAUGAUAGCUUUGUUUUUCCUUUGAUGUAAGCAAAGUAGGGCUCCCUUGUCAGGUAUGUCCACCAAACAGAAAAAAAACCCUGAUUUCUUCCCUGAGAGUUUUUUAAUGCAUCUAUUUCAUUGGUAUUACUGACUUUAUUAGUGUGCGAGCAUAGGUGGGGCUGCCACACCACUGCACAAACCUAAGACAAGAGUUUUUAACAAAUACACUUCAAAAAUCUUUCACUGCCAUUCAUAGCUCCCUGUUCCUGAGUCUUUUUUUAUAUUUCAGGCACCACUUAAAAACAGGAAGAGUCAUUCAGUUGAUAUCAAAGUACAGAACUUCAACAUUCUUUCCUAAAAUACUUUUUUCACAAAUGAAACUAAGUAAAUUAUAGCAAAAAAUGGCCUUCUACCAUAGCAUCACAUUAUGGAAUGGAAGUAGCAGGACAAGAGGCAAUGGGCACAAACGGAUGCACAGGAAGUUCCUCGUGAACACGAGGAAUAACUUAUUUGCUGUGCAGGUGACCAAGCACCGGCACAGACUGUCUAGAGAGGUUGUGGAGUCUCCCUCACUGGAGAUACUCAAGAAUCCUCUGGAUACAAUCCUGUGCCCUGUGCUCUAGGAUAACCCUGCCCGAGCAGGGAGGUUGGACCAGAGGACCCACUGUGGUCGCUUUUCAGCCUGACCCAUUCUGUGAUUCUGUGGUAUAAAAAUUACUUGCUGUCAUCCAUCAGCAAGCUGUGAGUCUUUUCUCCCCCUCUUCACUCUAAUUCUUGGUGUUGAAACUGUUUCAUGUUUCUUGCAAGUAACAGACAACCACUGUUUUUAUUCCCAAAUGCUACCAUUAUAGUUUGGCAAUCUAUAAAAAAUGUAUUAGAUGAACUUACUUUUAACAGACCAAUAAAGUUCUAUAAUUUCAUAUAAUUGUAUCUUUCACUACCUGUAAAUUGAUCACAUCUUGUAUUUCAUUAGUAAUAGUGCAGUGCAUUAAAAAUAUGUCAAUCUUUGAGUUCCUUACCUGUUACCUGUUGUUAUAUUAUUGUUGUCUUUGUGUUCUGAUAAAAAGUGAAAUUCAUCUCCUUAUUUAUAUUUUUAUAGCAUCAUUAAUGGUUUUUCUAUUUAUAAAGCACCCUCCCCCAA